UGGAAUAAUAAUAGGUAGUGUUUGUGUAAUAACGCCUUGUUUUGGAGCUUGACGCGAGUUUCAAACAAAACAAUGGUAUCUCAAGCGCUAUCAGUUCCUGCAACUCCCACCUUCACCAUCGCUUCUCACAGAAGAAUCCCUUCUCAACUCGCGUUUUCUCACAGAAACCCUUGCACGAUAGCUUCUUCCUUCCAUAGCCCCUAUGGUAGUUCUUCUCAAAUCGGCUUAUCAAGUAAAACCCAUGGUUUUCGCUUAAAACUUGAUGAGAAAAGUACACAUGAUGUUGGUACAAGUUAUGGUGUAAUUGAAGCCAAGACGGGGAACCCACCAAUAACACCAGCUAUCAUGACUCCUGGAGGAGCUCUUGAUCUCUCAUCUGUUUUGUUCAGGAAUCGUAUAAUAUUCAUAGGACAGCCAGUUAACUCACAAGUGGCUCAGAGAGUUAUAUCGCAGCUUGUGACUCUGGCCACUAUUGAUCCAGAUGCAGAUAUACUGAUGUAUAUAAAUUGCCCUGGUGGAAGCACUUAUUCAGUGCUUGCAAUUUAUGAUUGCAUGUCUUGGAUAAAGCCAAAGGUUGGUACAGUAUGUUUUGGAGUAGCUGCAAGCCAAGGAACACUUCUCCUUGCCGGUGGGGAGAAGGGAAUGCGCUAUUCAAUGCCAAAUGCUCGCAUUAUGAUUAAUCAACCACAAUGUGGAUUUGGGGGUCAUGUCGAGGAUGUGAGACGUCUCGUGAAUGAAUCUGUUCAAUCCCGCUAUAAAAUGGAGAAGAUGUUCAGUGCUUUCACCGGACAGGCUUUAGAGAAGGUGCAAGAGUACACAGAGAGGGACAGUUUUCUUUCUGUUUCUGAGGCUUUGGAGUUUGGUCUUAUUGAUGGUGUCCUGGAAACAGAGUAUUGAAUCUAGAUUACAUGCUGUAUAUUUGUAUUUCUAAGAAGUUGAUAAUGUAACUCAUGAGUCAUGAAUGAAUAUGCAAUUAUUUGUAAGUUGACUUUCAUAGAACGGUCAAUCUAGUUUUUGUCUGCUAUUAUGGAGUUCAUAGCAGUUAACCCUUGUUUCCGUUUUGAUUUAAGAAUCUAGUUAUACCACAAACUACUUCACAUUGUCAA